AUGGGGUGUGAGUGCAAAUACUACUAUGACUUAUCUGCCAAACAGUGGUGGCAAUUAGACGAUAGCCUGCCUGAUUGGACCCCCCUUUCCCGUGAUAGGGUGAUAGAGCUCCAGCUGGAUAGUCGGUUGGGGGGCCUGGGGAUUAAGCAGCUGCUGGGUAGCGAACCAGACUGCUCAGCCUCUACCCAGGCGGAGCCGAAGCCUGCGGGUGACCCUGGCGACGAGGCGCACUCUGAGCCUAGAGCUGGUUUUAUCUCGCCAGGCCUUGGGGUUUCGGCUUCUCCUUCGAGCCUGGAGGAUGCCAAUUUACAUGCUAAAGACGCUGCAGGUUUGGACUGCAGUAAGGAGGGCGAGGAUGAAAUGGGUAGGGGGCCCAGCUGCAUCUUGCCAGGUACCGGCGAUCCUGCCGGCAACGCGGUCGACGGAGCUAGAAGCGAGGGCAGAAGCCAAGGAAGGAAGCUGUCUUAUGUUAGAGAGGCCGCAAGGAGGUUGACGUACAAGGAGCCUGGCGGUUUUUCUGGGUGUAUUAAGGCGAUUGCCGAUACAAGGAACGCGAUGCUAAAGGACGUAGCCAAUGUUGACUUUGAGGCGGAAGGUAAUAAGGCUGCAUUCAAUUUCAUGAUAAAGAGGGCCAAGGAGUUGGCAAAGAGUACGUCUAAGGUGAAUUGUGGGACUAGUACCGAGGCUAGUACUGGGGACUUAGACGGAGAUUGUGAUGAGAAUAGAAAUUUGCAGAAGAGAUUGAGUAAGGAAUUUAGGUCUUCGUGUUAUUCAGAUGGAGAUUUUUCGUCGGGGGACUCGUCUGAUUCGAGUUCAAGUGGUUCAGAUUCUGGGAAAGUGGCGAAUGUUUCAGCUCAAACUACAUCAUCUGUCACAGCAUCUCUUGCCCAGUUGAUGGCGAUAAAGAUGAAGCUUAAAUCUAAAAUAAAAAACCUGAAUAAGUAG